CCAAAUGGAUAUUAAGCGCCAAUCUGGGACCUAAGACAAGUUCCUAUACGGAAAAAGGAAUCAUGAACCACUUAAAACGUGCAAAACAAGAUCAACGGAAAUAGUGCUUGAGGCUAACCACAACGCCUCUUUUUUUGAGUGCGAGAAACAAGCAAAGCCGUUCCUCGAACUGACCAACUAAAUAAUUACGGUUAAAGUAAUAAAACCCUUGACUCGGAGGUCAUUUGGAACAUUCGUAAACUAACAAGAAAAAAGGGACACGCCGCUGUAUUGGGGCGAGACAUAAUAGGUUACCAGUCACAGUAGAAAUACACCAAUCACAUUGCAGGGAACUUGCUGAAUCAAUUGUCUACGACAAAGGAUUACCAGGACUUGUGCCACGCAUCUCCCAUUGAUGUCCGUGGAACAAUUGAAUUCCACGUGCCUUGAAUAGAAACCUCAGGAAUUUAGCAGGAUUACUGAAACUGGUUCAAAGAUUACGGCAACCUUGAAAGGCAGCCUUGACAGCAAGCUCUGUGGGUUAGAAUUUUUUAUGUACCACUCUAAAAUGGAGGCCACCAUUUAUGAGGAUCAAAGCUUCUUAUUAGCAAAUAGAAAUUCCUACGCACAAGACAAUGGAAAAUUAUGGUUAAACUUGGCGAAUGAGUACAAAUCGACGGGAAGGAGAGACGAAUUCGAUAUUUCAGAUUUGCUGAGAUCUCCAGAUAUUGGAAUUUCAUCGCCAGAUCUCGAGACGAUCGUGUGGAGAAACUUCCCCGAUAAUUGUACGGUGAAACCACAGUCAGUGUCUUCGCCUCCGCCACUUUUUGUCCCGCAAGAAGAUUAUACGACACAGCAAGUCACAGCAGAACAAGAGGUGUUUGCUAGGGGGUUUACUGACGCACUGCAACGACUGCGAGAAGAAAGGGAAGUUUGUCAACUACGCACAAUAGAGACGCCGACGGCGGACGAAUUGGUUGACGACUCAAAAUGCACUUUUAUUUCUUACAGAUUUGAUUCAUCGUAUCGCUUACCCUCUUUUCAAGAAACGUUUUCACCUGCUAAAUUUACUGGUAUGAUUAAAACCAAAACAACCCAAGACAUAGAUAGGACUUCUUACGAGCGGGAAUGUGGACAGCAACUCGAAGGAUCGGAGAUCUCAGAGUGGUUUAAAGUGGAAACGUUGGAAGAAGGAUUCUCUGGGCAGCAGCAGUGUUCCUACAAAGACUGCUUGUUAAAUUCACCCGGAGAAGAUUCCGAUGAUUAUUCUACCAAUUCUCCAUCACUUCUAAGCCCUUCUUCUGAUUUUACGACUCAAGAUUAUCACUACGGAGAUUUCGAAAGUGAUAACAGGGUUCCAGAAGACAUGGAGUUUCAGGACGGAGUGCAUGGGGAUGACGAUUUUGAAAUGGACGGUGAGUGGAACCAUGACCGUCACCACACAAUUCAAGACACCCCAACACCAAAGCACUGGCUAACCGUUCACACAAAACUUUAUAACAUGUCUGUCUUAAAGCAAGAAGUAGACACAUUGGAGGAACAGGCACAGUCAGCCAUUAUGCCCGAAAGCAUCGACGUGCAAGGGUUCAUCAAAACGGAAAGAAAACGGCGAAAGAAUCGCUUGGCAGCGUGGAAAUGUCGUCAAAAGAAGCUUAUACGUGAAUCAAGGUUGGAGACGACAGUCGAAGAGCUGUGUAUGGAAAAUUCUAGGCUAAUGGAGGAACUGGAGAAAUUAAAACGAAAAAGGCAACAGUUGGAACAGACGUUUAUUAAACAUGUGACAAGCGGAUGUGAAGAGGCUCAUGUUCAAUACACGGAAACAUUUAAUGGGGACAGUUAAGACUGAAGGUUCACUUAUGUCCCUUAUUUUGGUGAGUAUGAACCCGUCAAAUCCACCACCAAACACAUGUCAGUCGUUGUUGUUCAAAACGGAGAAAAUGUUUCUUCACUUGAAAUUGUUGACGGUUGUCUCGCUGUGUUUGUCUUAUAAAUAACGCGAGUUUAAAGGCGUCCCAUCAUGAGGCUUAUGGUUCACUUAUCCUCUCUCCAGCAUGAUUUUACUUUUCGUGUAUUUCCUUUGCCAAAUGCUGGCUAAAACGUUGGUAAUGUACUGAUUUAGAGAAGACGUUACGUCAACCAAAACAAGUUUUAACUUGCGCAAUAGUAUAUUAGAUUUGUAAGCAUGGUAAUUUGGUUUGGCCAAGAAACACUGUGUUCAGUUUGCAUAUUAGAAUGA